AUGCGGCCGUUGUUGCACCUCACUGGGGAAUCUUUGCUCCGCUGCUCAUUUUUUUUUCUUGUUGUUGUUGUUGCUGCUGUUUGCGCCUCCCCCUCCCUCGCCGUGCCAUGCGCUGCAGUGCGCGAGGCGGUUUGUACGUCAUUGCCGAUGUCGUGGGUGGCGGAUUCCGCGGGGGCGCAGUUUCCACUGGCGACGGUGAUGAAGCAGCAGGGCGCCCUCCCCGCCUCUCCGCUGUUUACCACCCUCCCGGAGAAGCGUGUGCUGCGGGUCUUUCAGCUCGGCGCGCUGCAGACGCAGGCGGAGUUAGUAGAUUAUUUGCGCAGCAGCUUGUUCGAGAUAUUUGACUUGGAUGCGCUGCAGUCCUACCGCUACGCGCAUCAGGAGGAGCUGGUCUUUGUGCUCGACGUCAUCCUGUACUGGGGCUCCACGUGGAGAUGGGCGCAGUCCGUAGGUGAUCGCAUGGGGAACCUCGUCUUGCGGGAUGAGAGGAAGGCGCGGGCAAGCGGGCAAUCCUCCGUGGUGCGGAUUGUGCCUGCGCUGGCCCCGACGCGUGGCCGACUGCUUCUUCACGCCAUACUGACUGUCUGCCUGCCAUACCUGGUGCGGAAACUGCAGCGAAAGGCUCUGGAGGAAGACUGGGAGCGCGGCAGCGCAGGCUCCUUGAAGGCCAAGAUGGCGAAGGCUGUUCGACUAGCGUGCACGGUAUGGGCAGCUUUUUCUCUGCUCCACACGUUGCACUUUCUUGCCACGGCGCAAUACCGCACCCUUGUAGAGCGUCUGCUUUCGCUCCGGCUGGUUUAUGGCAGUCAAAGCAUGCAGCGGGUGACAAACAUGAUGUAUCUGAAUCAACAUGUCAUGUGGCAAACCUGUUCCUCCUUGCUAGCAGUGCUGAACAUUGGCCGGUACUUCAGUCGAUUGUCGCGCUCUUUGCGGGCCUUUACCUCACCGACGGGGGGCUCAGGCUUAAGCGACAAUGUCUGCUGCGCCUGCCAUGGCCACCCGACCAUCGGGCAGCGUUCAAACUGUGGCCACCUCUACUGCUACUACUGCAUCAAAAGCAGACUGCUGGACCCCAGGCUUGCGGGCUCCUUUCGUUGUCUCCGCUGCGGGACCGCCGUGCACGCGGCGAUGCCCUUGCAGUGA